AGCCCACUCUCGCCGAAAAAUCAGCCGCUCCCGCUAGCUUACUAUCCCCUAGUUGGCGGUUCAGCUGUAUGUCACGUGAUAAGAUAUGUCAGAAUAUGCCGAAUAUGAGACAGGAUGAGUUAUCAUCACGUGAUGUAGUCGCGAUGAGUCGAUUAGGUUUCGGCCAUUCGCCCUUUCAAUGUCUCAGAUGUUUCGAGUGUUUCAAACGUUUCGUCGAGGGACUAACAAUGCUACCAUAUUUGAAACGCCGCUUUUUAGGUUCAACUCCUUGACGUCCGAGGCCCACCUCUACUUUUCGUACCUAUAAUCAUCUCAUUAUUCUUCUUGUAGCUACGUAUGAUACAUCUUCCAAAGACAAAGACGCGUCUUGCUGGACAAGUACCAACAUAAUACUUUCGAUUCGAAGAUUUUCCCAGUAAUAGCAACGCAUCACCAUGGAUGAGUUGCUUCAGGCCCGUGGAGGCCUAAAUCUGGAUACCAGCUCCAUAUUCCUGCUUUCAAUCACCAUUCUCGCCUUCUUAAUCCCGGUGGUUGUUAUCUUACCCCCAGUCGGACUUCAAAAAGCCGAUGCGCUAAUUCAGACGCACACGAAGGCUGGAGUUGAUGGUUCGAAGAGUAACCUAAAGAAGCAAUUCUCAGCUGAACACUCGCCACAGGGCAACGAACCGCCAAAGGUUCAGAGCUUGGUCAUCUACCCAGUCAAGUCAUGUAAGGGCAUCGAACUGACGAGGAGCAGAGUCUUCCCGUCGGGACUACAGUUCGAUCGCCUCUUCACAUUUGCGCAGCUCAAGAGUCCCUUUCCCGUUGCUGUGAACUCGACGGAUGAAGAGAAAUCGCAGCACAAGUGGGAAUUCGUCACCCAAAGGCAGUUCCCUAGACUUGCUAAUGUUACUGUUGAUCUGUGGUUACCGGAUGAGAUGAAGCUCCGGAAGCAGUCGAUGAAAUCGAAGGAGGCAUUUUUGGUCAUACGAUUUCCGUGGAAGGAGGAAGGCUGGCGUGGUCUUUACUCGACGAUUACGGCGAAGCUUCAUAGAGGACGUGCUGCUGAGCCGGAGAUUGAGAUCCUGCUUCCAAUAGACUUCCCGUCAGAAGCAGAGAUUAAGGAGAACAGCUAUACGUUUGAAAACGUCAAGAUCUGGAAAGAAACUGUCAAUGCCCUCAACAUGGAAAAGGAGUUACCUUCAGAGCUGCGACGGUACUUGGGUGUUAGCAAUAGGCUGGGCAUUUUCAGAAUCGACCCGGACCAGCUGCGUGAGGUUUACCGAUGCGCCCCAACCAAGGAUGAGGCUGGAUAUCAACCUGUAACAGGAUUUCAGGAUGCCUAUCCCCUCCACCUGAUGACACUGAAUAGCAUGCAAAAGUUUAGCGAAGAAGUUCCCAAAGAUGACACCUUAAAGGAACUUGACGUACUCCGGUUCCGACCUAAUAUUAUUCUUUCCGGCGCCGAAGCCUAUGACGAGGAGACGUGGAAGCAGGUCCGGUUCAAGCCGGGAAGUUCAGGUCUCUAUAAUGACGCCUCAUUCCAUGUAUCAUGCAGAACUGUCAGAUGCAAGAUGCCCAACGUCGACCCCGACACCGGCAUCCGGCACCCGAGCGAGCCAGACAAGUCUCUCAGGACGAAGCGGGCCGUCGACGAGGGCGCCCCGCUGAACGGCUGCUUGGGCAUGCAGCUCACGCCCCUGUAUGACGCCAGCCUGGGCGACGACCUGGAGUCAUGGGUCGCCGUCGGCAUGACUGUCGAGGUCGAGGAGCGGGGCCACCAUGUGUAUAUCAAGCAGUAAGAAGAAGAAAUUCUGCUUUUCUAUUGUACAGUUAAUAUCAAGCAAGAAUCGAGAAGAAACAUACAUACCUUAAUCAUGAGACGUGGUGAGAUUAGAGGUGGUCAGGUGGUAUCGCAGAACUUCACGGCGCAUUAAAAAAACUGGGCAGCAUAGAAAUACAUAGUACUGUAUCACCAAGGAAUAAGACGCAUUUGGAU